AUGUUUGGACAAGUUGCCCUCGCUUAUGUUUCCUUUGCCGCCGUUGUAGCAGGACUACCGGCUUACACCAACCACGCCCACGUCCACGGGCAUCAAAAGCGCGGCGCUAUCGACGACAUGGACCGCUACACUCUUUACACCGGCGACGGCUCUACUGGAGCUGGUUGGCCUUCCCAGGAUGCGUGGGCCUCUUCGGAGGACCUCUGGAAUGUCAACGUCAAGCUCAUGCGACAGACCUGUGGCUGGAAUGGCUGGGGCGCGGACAACUCGGUCGACGAAAUCCGCGCCAUUGAGUCUGCGAUCCAGAAGCUAGCACGCCAGACGGAAGUCGACGAUCGUUUUAUCCUGGCUGUUAUGAUGCAAGAGAGUAAAGGCUGUGUUCGAGCUCCCACGACCAACAACGGAGUGACGAACCCGGGCCUCAUGCAGUCGCACAACGGCAACGGUACCUGCGCCGACACCAACCCCUGCCCUGACAGCCAAAUCACCCAAAUGAUCAGCGACGGCGUCGCCGGAACCUCGUCCGGAGACGGUCUUCAGCAAUUGCUCGACCAGGCUCGUGGCGUCACGGGCCAGAAUGGCACCCGGCCAUUCUACGCGGCGGCCCGUCUCUACAACAGCGGCCUCAUUGACUACAACAACCUUGACAAGGCCAUGGGCAGUACCGCUUGCUAUGUGUCUGAUAUUGCUAACCGUCUUACUGGUUGGACUCAGGCUGACAGUAGCUGCGAGAUUUGA